AUGUGGGUUCCUUUAGUUAGAUUGAGUUUUCCCAGAAAGCUCGUUCAAUCUUCAAGAAAUAAUCUCAACCAGUUUAGAUUCAUCAAUUGGUUUUCAAGUUGCUCAAUUUCUGAUGAUGAUGAUGUUUGCGCUACAAACACUAAGAAAAGCACCCAAGAGAUUUAUGGUGGUGGGAUUGUGUGUGGGUUCAAGUGGGCAUCUAAGUCUGCUGAUGUUGAUUCAGUUACCACAGACAUUACCAAUACCAAUAGGAACCGUUUGGUUGCGGAUUCGGAGACAUUGGAGGUUGUUAACAAGCUGAACAGCUGUAAAACUAAACCCAAUUCGGCGUUUUUGUUGUUUUGCAAGUUGAAGGAAGAUGGGUUCCGGCACAAUGUUUUGACAUACUGUGCGCUUGUUAGGAUAUUGUGUUAUUGGCGUUUGGAUAGGAAGUUGGAUUCUUUGUUCUUGGAGCUCAUUAAGGGCUCUGGAGAUGUUGGAUUUGGAUUAAAGGAUUUGUUGGAAGCUAUGGAGGAGGAAGUUGAGGUUUCCCCGUCAAUAGUUCGGGGUUUUGAUGCAUUGGUUAAGUCUCUUGUCAAUCUCAACAUGUUUGAUGACGCUAUUGAUGUUUUGUUCCAUACCAGACGGCGUGGAUUUGUGCAGCAUAUCUUUACAAUUAAUUAUCUGAUGAAUCGGUUGAUUGAGUGUGGUGAACUGGGUGCGGCUUUGUCUAUUUACAAGCAGUUGAAAGGGAUUGGUUUGGUCCCUAAUGAUUACACAUAUGCAAUUGUCAUCAAGGGAUUUUGUAUGGAGGGUAGGUUGGAAGAGGCUGGGGAAGUGUUUGAGGAGAUGGAGUUAGCCGGGGUAGCCCCCAGCGUUUUUGCCUACACAGCAUAUAUUGAAGGGCUUUGCAACAAGGGGCGUUCUGAUGUAGGAUGUCAAGUGCUCCAAUAUUGCAAAAGGGAAAAUAUACUUCUCGAUGCCUAUGCAUAUAAAGCUGUCAUUCGUGGGUUCUGUGAUGAGAUGAAAUUUGAUGAAGCAGAAAGUCUCUUUCUUGACAUGGAAAAGCAAGGCAUGGUGCCUGAUUCAUGCAUCUACAGUGCAAUGAUUGGUGGCUACUGCAAGAAUUACAAUUUGUUAAAGGCUUUGGCUCUCCAUAAUGACAUGGUGUCAAAGGGUAUAAAAACAAAUUGCGUCAUUGUUGGUUUUAUUCUUCAGUGCCUCUGUAAGAUUGGUAUGGCUACUGAAGCGGUGGAUCAAUUCUUAGAAUUUAAGAGCAUGGGGAUCUAUCUUGACGAGGUUACCUACAAUAUUGCGGUUGAUGCUUUAUGCAGACUGAGCAGGGUGGAAGAAGCCUCUGAAUUGCUGGAAGAGAUGAAGCUAAAGAAUAUGAGCUUGGAUAUUAUGCAUUACACCACGUUGAUUAAAGGGUACUGCCUCCUAGGGAAAGUUGUUGAUGCCUCAAAUAUUUUGGAGGAAAUGCACGAGAAGGGUUUGAAGCCAGAUAUUAUUACUUACAAUGUCCUUGCUGCAGGGUUUGCUAGAAAUGGCCUGAGGCACAGGGUUUAA